AAGGCGCAGCUGAAGAAGCGGAGGCACAGACCGCUUCAGCAUGUGAAUACGGUUUGGGUCGGUUGGUGUUUUCAGCUCAUGUUUAACCCAACGAAGCGCCGCGGUUUGCUGAGCUCGGAGAGCUGCGAAAACAGCACUUGUAACAAAGCUGGAAAUUAGCUCACUAACUCAGUCUCCCUCCCUCUGCAAACAUUGGAUUUAAACCUGCUCAGAAUUCAACACAGACGAAAGCAGCGGCGGCAGCAGCAGCAAGCAGCAAGCAAAUCAGCCGCCAGCCUACCGCAGCUCCAAGAUGUACCAUCCUGCCUGCUGGAUCGUCUUCACGGCCACCACUGCCCUGCUCUUCAUCCCAGGAGUGCCCGUGCGCAGCGGAGAUGCCACCUUCCCCAAAGCCAUGGACAACGUGACUGUGCGGCAAGGGGAGAGUGCCACGCUCAGGUGUACCGUGGACGACCGGGUGACGCGGGUGGCGUGGUUGAACCGCAGCACCAUCCUGUACGCCGGCAACGACAAGUGGUCUAUAGACAACCGCGUGGUCAUCCUCUCCAACACCAAAACCCAGUACAGCAUCAAGAUCCACAACGUGGAUGUGUACGAUGAGGGGCCCUACACCUGCUCCGUGCAGACAGACAAUCACCCCAAGACCUCGCGCGUCCAUCUCAUCGUGCAAGUGCCCCCCCAGAUUGUGAACAUCUCCUCAGACAUCACGGUGAACGAGGGCAGCAGCGUCACCCUCAUGUGCUUGGCCUUUGGGAGGCCGGAGCCCACGGUCACGUGGCGGCACCUCUCCGGGAAAGGCCAGGGCUUUGUGAGCGAGGAUGAGUACCUGGAGAUCACGGGCAUCACGCGGGAGCAGUCGGGCGAGUACGAGUGCAGCGCCGUCAACGACGUGGCCAUGCCCGACGUCAGGAAAGUCAAAGUCACCGUCAACUACCCGCCGUACAUCUCCAACGCCAAGAACACGGGUGCCUCGGUGGGGCAGAAGGGCAUCCUGCAGUGCGAGGCCUCGGCUGUGCCCCUGGCAGAGUUUCAGUGGUUCAAGGAGGACACCAGGUUAGCGAACGGGCUGGAGGGCGUGCGCAUCGAGAGCAAGGGCCGCCUCUCCACCCUCACCUUCUUCAACGUGUCGGAGAAGGACUAUGGCAACUACACCUGCGUGGCCACCAACAAGCUGGGCAACACCAACGCCAGCAUCAUCCUCUACGGGCCUGGAGCGGUACACGAUGGCGGCAACGCGGCGUCCCGGACAGCCGCCGGCCUCUGCCUCUGGGCCGCCCUGCUCGCCUGCCUCCUGCUCGACUUUUGAUAAGGGAGCGGAGGGUCCCGGGAGGCCCCCGCGGCGGGCUCGGCCCGGCCCGGCGCAGCCCAGCCCCCCGGGGACUGCUCUCGGUCGGAGCCGCGGCCGCCGGUUACGCUGUACAGACCCCACCGCGUGCCACCAGACUGCCACCCGCCGCCGGGGCCGCGGCACGGCACGGCCGGGGCUCCCCGGGGCCGGGCACGGCGCUGGGGUGCAGGUGCCGCUCGGACCCGCCGGGGACGUGCGUCUCGUCGUCCCGCUAAAGCCGCCGAUGCCCGAAAAGACAACCAGGUUGAAGCCUCCCCCCGGCCCGGCUCUGCCUUCAGCCCCCUCGCUCCUGAAUGUCAGUCGUCACCACCAAAGCUCUCCAAGAGCCCCGGGGGGCCCAUCCCACCCCCUGUCCCUCGGGGCUCGCCCCACACAGCUGGUUGUCCAUCCAGGGUCACGCCGCUCUCGCUCCUGGCUUCCCCAAAAACCACACACUGUCCCGACACCGCGAGGCUGCUCUCCCGGGGACGGCAGCCCUGGACUCUGCUGGCAGCCCUCAGACUGGAGCCUUCCCUUUGGCAGCCAGGCCGUUGCCCUGGACACCAACCCCCGGGUCAAACCUCAGCCCGAGGUGCCUCUGGGGUUUCUUUUCCAACCUGCACAUCAAAAAGCACAGCACUGGCACCGCUGGGCAGAGGCAGUAAAUGGCACUGCAAAGCAGCCUGUGACCAGGACCUAGCACCAUGGCUCUGACUCUUGUGCCCGUCCCUGUGCACCCAUAGGGGCUGGGACCACACACUCAGCCCAGAGGUCUGCUCCUCGGCUGCACUGCUCCUCCUUGGUCUGUCUCCUGCUGUUGCCUCUUCCUACCAUUGGCCCCGUGUCUCUGCCUCUCUGAGGGAUGGGAGAAAACAGGAGCCAGCCCUGAGCUGCGACUUUGCUGUCUCACACCGACCAACCACGUGCUCCUGUCCAAGGGCAGCCCCCUGUGUUCCACCCCCAUGGAGCAGGGUGAGCUCAGUUGCUACGGCGUGGCACAGAUGGGGAUGGUGCCCAUGCCUCUGGCUCUCACCCUGCUGCAACACAACAACACCACACAUGCACCCACACUCCCUCCCUCUGCUUCCUCCUCCUGACACCCCGUGGCUGCGUGGGAAGGUUUUAGGGUCCUACUCUGGGGACAGGCCCCUCUGAAGAGUCUCACACACACAGUGGCAGUGCCCAACCCUGUGCCUGCAGCGGGGAGACUCGACUGCACAGCUCAGCGUGUGCAGCAUCCCUCACCCGGCGGCUCAAGAGCCACGACCGCACACGCCGCCUUUCCCGUGCAAACGCUGCCGCUGCCCAAACCUCCAUGCUCAAAAAACCCCCUUUGCCUCAUCAACCCUCUGUCUUGCUGCGAGGAGGCCGAGGCUGACACACAAGAUGGAUGAAGCACCCAGCCCCGGAGCCGUGACCUGCCACUGCCCCGUCCUCUAUGCAGCCGCGACCCCUCCUCGGCCCGGCGCGGAACCAACAGCUACAGAAAGGACUCUCCCUGCCCCCGCAUCCUGCUGCUCAGCGUCUGCUGUGGCUGACUGACAAAAACAACCCCGAAUGACCCGAGGCGGUGGCUCACCUGAGGGGCAGGGACCCGGCCUGCGCUCCCCUUGUCCCGCGGCGUCCCGUCCCGCUGCCGCCUCUGCCGUGGGGCACAGCCGCUGCCCGAGCUGAGCCAAACGGCCCCACCGCAGCAACCCCCCAGCUCCUCCAUCCCCGGACACGUGGGGACAGCGGAGGCGACGCCGCGAUGCCGGCCCUGCCCCAUGCACCGCCUCCCCCCUCCCCGUCCUCUGCCGGGACGGCGUUCGACUUUCUCGUGCCAUGUAACGUGCCAUUGUGAGGAACGUGUUGGCUGUCUGAGGCCGGACGCCUUGGCAGGGGCGCGGCCGGUCUCCGAGUUUCCGUCGAUCAUUGUAUUCCAAGGGUGGCUAUACUACCUGAGA